UAAAACUGGGCAGCAAUCAGUUUUGCUGCUCCCAGUGGCAGUGGGAGUCAUUUUGGCCAGAUGCAGCAGUUUUUUGGACAAGAUGGUCAGAUACCCUGGAAUCAGAUCAGUAAUCCCAGCUGCACAAUCAAUAGUCAUCUCAACAUCAGUGCUUUGACACUGAUGUAUUCAUAUUCAUCUGGGUUCUUCACAUAACUCCUUUAAAAACAAAGAAUGACUUUCAUUUAUGUUAAUGUCUUAUUCUUUUCAACCAAACAUAAUCAAUGGUCAGCAGCAGCAACAUUACAGCGAUCAUUUCUACUCAACAUAUUUGUUGCCUUAAUUAUCCAUGAUUGUAAACUUAAUUGAUGAUGGGAAGGAACAUAAAAAGUCCUAAAAAGGUCAGAGCUGCGCCACCAAGCAGGGUUAUGACUUCAUCCAUAUACUAAGAAAUAAGAAAGCAAAGGGGCGGGGUUUAUGUUAUAAAGAUAGACUGAAUGGACUCUACAGCUUUAAAUCAGAAUCUGGAAUAACCUCGUACUGCAAAGGAAUUUCAUAAAACAACUUAAAGCUGUUAAGCUCUUAAAACCCCCACGACUCUAGGCUAAGGUUCAUCUUCGUGUUUUACUGAUACUCCGGGUUCAUCUUAUUUAGGCCCUAAUUUUAGUCAUACAUCUUGAAGCGUUUCCGUUCUGAUGCUAGUCAUGUAGCACCGCCCAGGCUGCAGCUUCAGGCGAUCCCGCUGCUUCCAAACGGCGAAAAGGGCCGUGGACGAGUUUUUAAUUCGGCACUUUCCCGCGGCGCUAAUGACUUAUUCACCACAUCAACAUCUAGUCACGGUUUGAAGUCGGAAUAAAAGAUACGGGUUAAAUAUGCUCCGGAGAUUUCUCGGGUUCCCGUGGCGGCCCGCUACCGCUCCUGCUUUAUCUGCCGCCGUAAGGUGCUUGUCUUCGGGUGCGGUAAAUAUCACCCUCCCGCUGAACUUCUGGGCUGGACAGAGAAGGAUAAGCCAAGAAAACCGCAAAGAAAACGUUUAUGAACCAGCCACGGGCCGUGUGUUGUGCCAUUUGGAGCAAUGUGGUGAAGAGGAAGUCGGUCAGGCUGUGACGGCUGCUAAGUCAGCCUUUGGCCCCUGGAGCAAAAUGUCAGGGAUGGAGAGGGCAAGGAUCAUGAUAGAAGCUGCCCAUUUAAUUGAGAACAGGAGGGAAGAGAUCGCUGAAAUGGAGGUGGUCAACAAUGGGAAGUCCAUCACAGAGGCCCGUCUGGAUGUGGACUCUGCUAGACUGUGUAUAGAAUACUAUGCAGGACUGGCCAGAACUCUGGCAGGCCAGCAUGUUCAGUUGCCUGGGGGAUCCUUUGCCUACACCCGCAGGGAGCCUCUUGGAGUGUGUGUAGGAAUCGGCGCCUGGAAUUAUCCCUUCCAGAUAGCUGCCUGGAAGUCUGCUCCAGCCCUGGCCUGUGGUAACUCCAUGGUGUUCAAGCCAUCUCCAGUAACACCAGUGACAGCAGUAUUACUGGCAGAGAUCUAUGAAAAGGCCGGGGCUCCAGAGGGGCUGUUCAAUGUGGUGCAGGGUGGACAGGAAACUGGCAGCUUACUGUGUCACCACCCUGAUGUCGCUAAGGUGUCCUUCACAGGAAGUGUGCCCACGGGACAGAAGAUCAUGGAGAUGGCAUCAAAGGGCAUAAAACCAGUGACUUUGGAGCUCGGGGGGAAAUCUCCCCUGAUCAUAUUUAAGGAUAGUGAUCUGGAGAACGCUGUGAGAGGAGCGCUAAUGGCCAAUUUCCUGUCCCAAGGACAGGUCUGCAGUAAUGGUACAAGGGUGUAUGUCCAGAAGGAUAUUCUGCCCGAGUUUGUUGAGGAGGUGGUUAAGAGAACCCAUGCGAUUACAAUAGGAGACCCACUGCUGGAGAGCACCAGAAUGGGAGCACUGGUCAACCGGCCACAUCUAGACAAAGUGUUAUCCUUUGUUGAACAAGCCAAAAAAGAGGGAGCCACAGUGUUGUGUGGAGGAGAACCUUUUGUCCCAUCAGAUCCAAAACUCAGAGGUGGAUACUACAUGACUCCAUGUGUCCUAGGUGACUGCACAGAUGACAUGACCUGUGUGAAACAGGAGAUCUUUGGUCCCGUCAUGUCUGUGCUGUCAUUUAAAACAGAGCAGGAGGUUCUGCAGAGAGCCAAUAACACUACAAUGGGUCUGGCUGCAGGUGUCUUCACAAGGGAUAUGACACGAGCCCAUCGUCUGGUAGAACAGCUUGAGGCUGGUUCCUGUUUUAUUAACAACUACAACAUCACUCCUGUGGAGCUUCCAUUCGGAGGAUUCAAAAUGUCAGGUAUAGGGCGGGAGAACGGCCAGGUGACCGUUGAGUUCUACUCCCAACUAAAGACGGUGUUUGUGGAGAUGGGAGAUGUGGACAGCCUCUUUUAGACCACCUGACCAGAGGACGUUUGAGCUGUAACCUGAGCCAGAGACUGGAGGAGUAGAGUGGACUGAACCUGCCUUCCACCAUCGCUGAGGGGGAGAGAUUACAUGUUCAUCCAGGAGUGACAGAGAAAUAAGCCUGGAUUGAUGGAGAUUAUGUACUUUUAUGUCCUUCAAGAAUUACAUAUUUUUAACACCAGCUUAGUAAAUUUUACAAUAAAACAAGUGUUUUGCAACCAAGCUUUAUUUCUGUAACACCCCCUCCUUUUUUUUUUUUUAUUAGCAACUCUAAUCUGAACAAAUCUGUCGCAUUUUUAACUUCAUGUACUAAACUCUCUGAGAUUGCUCUUCUUACAAUUCAACAUAUGAAAACACCAUUUUGCCUUAUGGUUUGUUUCCUUAAACAAAAGAAUGUACUCCCAUGAACUGAAGCAGAACCUGAACAGUGUUUUGUAAAUGAAUAAAACAAUAAAUCGCCAUGCUGGUC